AUGGCGACGCCCGCCAGCUUGGGCAGUAAAUACACCGCGUGCUUGAAACAACUUUUUUCUCACCACGCGGUGAAACUCGGAACGGAUCGCAUGCGGGCAGUCGCUGCAGGACUCGGCAGUCCCCAGGACGACUACGACAUAAUCCACGUUGCAGGAACAAAUGGAAAAGGCACCACCUGUGCGAAGCUCGCCGCUUGCCUCUCCCUCAAGGGCUACAAGGUCGGGACGUACACCUCCCCGCACAUUCUUUCUUUUCGCGAGAGGAUUCGCGUCGACAGUCAAAUGAUUCCUGAGGAGGACGUCGUCUCUCUGUACCACCGCGUGACGCAGACGGCCAAACAAAUGGGAGUGGAGCUCACGUUCUUUGAGGUUACCACGCAGAUGGCCUUUCUCUACUUUUCGCAACAAGAGGUGGACUGGGCCGUCAUCGAAACAGGUCUGGGUGGGCGUCUGGAUGCGACGAACAUCGUCGACUCUCCGCGGUGUACAGUCAUCACGUCCAUUGGCUGGGACCACAUGAACGUGCUGGGAGACACCUUGGACAGAAUUGCUCAGGAGAAGGCCGGCGUCAUCAAAGCGAAGACUCCCCUUGUGUUAGGUCCGACGGCUGCGGUGCAUCCCUGCUUUCGACAGAAGGCAGCCUGCGUUGGCGCGGACGUGAUGGAGGUUCAGGCCGAGCCGAGAGGAGAAGACUUCGAGGACGAAAAUAUCCGCAUUUGUCGCGUCGUGGUGGAGAACGUUUUGAGGCUCGAUCUGCUCCCGAAUCAAUUGAAGACGGCGCUCAGUGUGCAGAUGCCUCUGCGAGCUCACGUCCUCACUCGACAAGACCUGCAAGUCGCCAGUGGCCUCUGUGGCCUCUCGAGCCUUCGAGGCGCUGGCGAAAAACGCAGCAAAGAUCACGUGGAAAAGGAGGAACGAAGCACCGAGAACGGAGAGACUCGCAGGGAAACAGGUCGCGAGGAUGGAGUGAAAGAUGCACGAGAAGACGCCAGCGCUCUACUGACACCCUACGCAGUCGUCGUCGAUGUCGCCCACAACGAAACUGCAAUUGAAAGGUUUCUUCAGUUCCUCGAACACCACUACUUCGGAAUUCCAGUCCGCGUCGUUGUCUCGCUGACGAAGGAGAGAAGCGUCUCCGUUCUCCAGCCUCUGAUGAACUAUCUCUCUUUUCCCCGGAACAAUCGCCUCGCGCGGCUGCAUUUCGUCGAGGCGAACCAUGAGCGGCGGAAAACUGCAGUUUCUGUCCUGGAGGAGCUGGAGACAGACAACAGAGUGACGUCCGAACUGCGAACCGCGAUUCUGGCGGGACUGGAGGAACAGUUUCGAGUCCUCUCAGAGACGCGAGCGCAAACAGACGAGAAGGAGCAACGCGCUUCAGAGAAAGAGACGGAAAGUCUCAUACAUGUCCCCGACAACAUUCGCCGCUAUACGCACCUCCUUCAAUCUUGCACUGCAGGCCAUCUUCCGGAGGUGCUACGCUUCGCCUAUCGCCAGGCAACAGCUGAACAGAGUGUGUUGGUCGCCUGUGGAUCCUUCUACAUGAUGAAGGAAGUUAUCGAAACUCUUGGAUUUCUCCACGGUCCGGUCGACGAAAUCGAUGUGAACGAGCGCUGCGUCACCCCCGUGGCUGUCGAGACUGGUUCGGAGAAGGCGCCGCUCUAA